AAUUAGAGUCUCGCCCCCGUUCACGUCCCAUUUACGUUUACGAAGUUAAGGGAGAAUGACGGGCACCGUCGUCGAAGACGCCAAGUCGGGGAGGAAGUAUCCGGGCUUUCGGAAGAAUUUCGUCGCGUAUUUCGCCCAGUACAGCGAUAACACGAGCAUUCACGGCGUGCGCUAUCUGGGGCAGUACGCGAGGAGCAUCGUCGAGAGGUUGUCGUGGUUUGUGGUCAUUGGGACGUCCCUGUACUUGUGCAUCACGCUGAUUUUGGCGACGUACGACAAAUGGGUGGCAUCGCCUGUCAUUGUCAGCUUCGCGAGGAGUCCCACUCCAAUUUGGCAGAUCCCGUUUCCGGCGGUGACCGUUUGUCCCGAAACGAAGACGCUGCAGAGAGUCUACAACUAUACGCACGAGUACCAUCGAUUCCACGAAAAUCCCGAGAACAUGACGGAGGAGGAAAGAGACAGGUUUGACAAGAUCAGCCUGGUUUGCAACAGCCACCUCCAUACGGUGGGCGACAAGUUCGUCAAUGAUAGUCUAUUCGAGGUGUUUAGGGAGUUGGCCCCUCCAUUUGAGGACGUCUUGUGGCAGUGCAAGUGGUUGAAUCUGAACGAAACCUGCGCAUCUCUUUUAACCGAAGUGUUAACAGAGGAGGGCGUGUGCUUCACUUUCAAUAUGGUCGGAAAUGAGGCUCUCUACACAAAAAACGCUUACCAAAGCGCCACCCCCUCGCAGUUUGGCAUACGGUCCCUGGAAUGGUCACUGGAAACGGGAUAUUCUGAUAAAUUGGGAAAAGAUACGUAUCCGAAGAGGUCGAUUGCAGCAGGACAGAAAGCUUGCUUUUCGCUCUUGAUGACACUGUAUGAGCCGGACAUGGAUUAUCUUUGCAAAGGAGCGGUGCAGGGAUUCAAGAUACUCCUCCACAACCCGGCCGAAACGCCAAGAGUAACUCAGCACUACUUCCGUGCACCAUUAAAUCAAGAGGUGGUCGUGGUGAUUAAACCAGACAUAAUGUCGACUUCGGAAGGUCUACGAGGUUACACCCCCAACAGUCGCAAGUGCUUCUUCCAAAAUGAGCGCCAACUCACCUUCUUCCAAAUGUACACCCAAAAGAAUUGCCAAGUCGAGUGCCUAACCAAUAUAACGUUACAAUACUGUGGAUGCGUAGCAUUCCACAUGCCACGAAACGAGACUACCAAGAUGUGCGGCCCUGGAAGUAACCUCUGCCUGAAACAAGCCGAAGCGGAAAUGAACGCGAGGGAAGUUGACCUGGAGCGCACCCACACCGACAUCAACGAACGCUGCAACUGCCUACCGUCGUGCACGUCCUUAACGUACAACGCCGAACUCUCGCAGGCAGAUUUCAACUGGCCGAAAGUAUUCGAGGGUUUCCACGUUAACUUUAGCGAGUUUCCCGGGGUCGCGAUGUCGAGGGUCAUGUUUUUCUUCAAGGAGCAACAGUUUAUAACGUCGGAACGCAACGAACUGUACGGCAUAACGGAUUUCCUGUCGAGUUGCGGAGGUCUGCUAGGUCUAUUCAUCGGAUUUUCGGCGCUGUCCAUUUUGGAGAUAGUCUACUUCCUUUCGUUGAGAUUGCUGGGUAAUUUGAAGAAUUACGGGCGCCAGUUUUGGUCUGGAUCGGCGGAGCUGAUUAAUGAUGAAUCUUACAAAAACGAGUAGCAUGUUUGCGUUUAAUUUAUGUAAUUAUGUGCUUGUCAUUUUAUAGCGUAAAUUCGUGUGCAUAUUUCGUAUAGCAGUAA